ACCAAAAUUAUUUUGGAAGAAAUGCUCUUUCAGAAUACUUUAAGAAGAAAUAUCAAUCAAAUCGAAGUUGGGAUAUUGGUUUUUGGAUCAAAAUUUCUGGAGAAAUUACUUUUAUCUAUUUCCCGAAAAG